UCCUGGGAACGGGAACGCCAUUGCGUUCCCCGUUCCUAGGAAUGGGGAACGCCACCGCGUUCCCGUUCCUAGGAACGGAACGCAAAACUGACACCCCUAAUGCACAAGUAACAUAAGAGUCCUUUAACGAACGCACGAUCCAUUUCAUAUAUACAAAAUUCAACCAAGUUGAAAAUUAUUUUUAGUGAAAUUUUUUGAAAAAUCGUAUUUUCAUUAAUGCAUCCUGGUUAGUGAGUUACGAUUGUGGCUCCUAAGAAGGUGUUCAAACUUUUGAAACGUCAUCCGUAUAAUGGAUAUGUGACUAGAAUAUUAGUUACGAAUAAUCCAGAGAAAAAUGAAAUCCAUGUCCAAGAUAGACUUUCGUUUAUCUAAUAUGCUGAUAUCUUUUCUCCCUCAGAAAUCUAUCGACUGUAUUCGCCCAUAUACAUUACACACACUUAUUGAGUUGAAUGGUUCUUUCUUGUAGAGUUCUCUCCACAUUUUAGGUGUUUAACGUCCUACGUUUGAUCCUAUUCUAUUUAUGAUCCUUGUGUGAUUUUGAAUACUGAGAUCUAAUUAUUGAUACAAUGUAAUCCGUUAUUUGAGAAGAUAAACACUGAAGAUAAUGUUUUUAUGCUUCGACAGUUUAUCUACGAAAAAGAAUGAGGGGAACUUUAACAGCGAGUGUGAAAUCUUUCUGCGACAUAGAAAUGAUUAGCACUGAAACCGAAAAUCUUUCCAGGGUAAGUGAAAAUUGAAAAAUAUCGAAAGUCUCUACAUCCCCAUCCACAUCCAGUUUGGUGUAUAUUAUUUCACUUAUUUUUGUUAGAUAAGGCUUUACAUGCUUAGAAAGGUUAAUUAGUAUUCCUUCAUCUCUUUCAUUAGCGUAUUUUACUGAAAGGACUGUUUUUUCGUGAAAAGUACAGUUGAAUCGUCACCAUAGUGAACAGUGACUGAACGAAAAGUAUAACAUAUUGAUCUUGCUAGGCUCCUUGCUUGGACUAGUCAGGAUUACUAAACCUACUGAUAAAUUAUCUAAGGAGAAUGUGUGGAGAUUUAGCAGUGAACCCGUUUUUAAUCGCAUAAAAUAUUCAUGUAAUAAUAAUUGAAACAGAAUGAAUUAAAAAUAACAUUGGAUACUCAUUCAUUGUUCACAAUUUUAUAAUUAUCUUUCAAGUAAACAAGACCUUUUCUGCACGGAGAUUUUAGGUUGUAUUUCGUCUUUCUUUAUAACUUUAAUUGUUUUCUCUGAAGAUAUCAGGUAUUUUCUCCUAUUUUUUUUCAGCAUCUACUCAUUAGUAUAACUUUAGUAAAUUGGAUGUAUGUUUCUUUCUGUUCCAAUUUAUCCUUUUUAAUGAAAGAGUAUACAUAAGAGAGAAGUUGAACCUGAUUAGAUAACAAUCAUAAAAUAGCUCUUAAAAUUCAAAGAAAAACUUUACUGAUUUUUCACCUGACUUCUAAAAUUUGAAUUUAACAAGCUUGAUAACAAUAAGAAAGAACUUCUUGAAAUAACAUCACUUAUGUCUUCGAAUAUGCGUUUUAUCGAGAUUCGUUAGCAUUAGAUCAUAAUCAUUGCUGACUGAUAAUAAAACUAGGGCACCAUUGUCGAUUUUAAUAAAUAUGUUGAAAAAAUUGGAUCUCAAAAAAAAAAAAUUUCGUUCACAUUUUGAUAGUUUUGAAAAUAUAUCUCAUGAGUUUCUUAGCAAAAUGAAAAACUUAUUUUCCAUGAAAUCAAUGUUUAUUUGUGCUCCAUGUUUUUGUUUCAUUGUAGUACCAUUACGUGCAAGUACUACUGAUAUUCACCCGAAUGCAAUAUGGUCAAAGAAUGAGAUCACUAUUGCUGGUGGAAAUGGAUGGAGCAGUGAGAUCAAUCAACUCAGCGAGCCAUUGGUGGUAGUUGAUGGAAAUGAAGAAAAUGAAGCUCAUCAAUUAAUUAACCCACAUGAAGUGAUUAUCGACAAAGAAAGUGAUAGUCUAAUCACCAACGAUCCAGAGAAUACCAGAGUAGUUCGAUGGCCUCGUCAAAAUGGUAUUUGUGGAGAAACAAUUAUUUCAGAUAUUGCUUGCUUUGGUUUGACAAUGGACGACUAUGAUUCUCUCUAUAGUGUCGACUAUGGAAAACAUGAAGUGAGACGAUAUAGAAUUGGUGACACUACAGGAUCAGUAGAUGGAGGUGGCAAUGGACCAAGAGAUCGUCUCGUUUAUGUAUCUGAUGUGAACAAUCAUCGUGUAAUGAAAUGGAAAGAAGAUGCAACACAAGGUAUUAUGGUAGCCGGUGGUCAAGGAAAAGGAAAUAGUCUUACACAAUUGUCAUAUCCUCAAGGAGCCGUUGCCGAUCAAUUGGGCACUGUCUAUGUGACUGAUCAUGAGAAUCAUCGAAUCAUGCGUUGGCGAAAAGGAGCCACACAAGGAUGUGUCAUUGAUGAUGGGAACGAUACAGGAGCAUAA